AUGCGGCACGUCCUAACCCUCUUCUCGAUACUCCUCGCUUUCUCCGCCUUUGGCAACGCAUCACGUUUUGCGCCCGCUCAACGAUCAAGAUUCGGUCCCCGAAAAAGUUGCCCAGCUACUUAUACAUCGGAAACAAUCGACGGAGAACAACACUGCGUCGCACCACGCGCCGAAGAUUACAGAAGGGAAAUCGUCAACGGAGUACCACCAGAAGGCGUCCGUCCCAACCCCUCCAGAAACCCAGCCCAACAAUCCGCCGUCGCAGCCGAAAGAGCCACAGUCAGCGCUACCGAUGCCAUAGUAAUCUCUCAAAACAACCAAGGCAUCAGCGCCGGCGCCGUCGUCCCGGCAAACCCCGACCCCUGCGGCCCUCCGACCGGCCAGGCGCCGGGUGUUGCGGGCUCCCUGUCGACGUGCCAUGCGAAUGUCAGCGUGGCGGAUUUGGCUCAGCCGAGCUAUUAUGGCGUGCAGUGCACGAAUGACAAUUCGGGGUUUACACUCGAGCAGGGGACUUGCUUGGAUUCUUUGCUCACGGAGAAUCCUACUGAUGGUGAGGAUAUCAAUAGGUUGCCCAAAGGUGGUGCACCGCCUCCAUCAGACGGAAGAUGCCAAGAGCAGAUCACCAGCGUCAUUAGCCAGUCUUGCGCGGGACCUGUGUUCAAUGCUGGAGGGGUCAAUGUAAAAGAAUUUCCCAGCGCCGGCGCGUCUAAUACUUCGUCGACGGGGUUGCCGGUGGAUCCCAUGUAUCCGAGUUAUGUCAUGAUGCCGUUCAAGAGCUAUUGCGGGAUUAACGUCAUGGAUGAUUGCUGA